CCUGAUAAUUUCGGGGUACCAAAUGGAUUCAACCUUAAUUCCCAGCAGACCGGCGGUUUAAAAUUACGGUAAACAUCAGGGACUUCAAAAAAUUAACAAAGGAAUUAAAAUAAUAAUAAUAAUAAUAAAAGGCGCAGAGCUAAAAUCCAAAGCUCUGAUAAACCAUUAGUGCCGCCGUGGAAGAUUCUAUCCACUUUACGUAUCUAAAGCCAAAUUUUACUCCAAAAGUAGCAAAUAAAUGGCCACGACACCGCCGCAACAAAACUUAGAGGAGUACUCCGCCUCAUCAACCACCGUCAAAUUCGAUCAACCAAUCCCCUUACUCCGCGGGCCCAUACCCGUCGGCCCGCGUGAUGAUCCAUCUAAUGGCCCCUACCUGCUCGCAUUUAGGAGUCCUAAAUCAUGGGCCGCCGCAUACCGAUCAUGCGAAUCCAAAAUUUUCUCACAAUGCGAACAGGGCGCGAGGAUCGGGUGCGCCAUCAAUGCCUCCAACAAGUGUAAGCCUCCAUGGUGGCGGAUUCUGAUCGGCGGCGCGAAACCCGCGGAUUUGAAAGAGAGAGAGGAGUGUGAAGUGCGUGAAAUGGAGGCUUGUUUGGUUGUCGCUAAGGAGAAGUGCGUGGGGCUUGCUAAGGAGAAGUUGUUGAAACCGUUUGGGGAGGCAAGAAUCGCGGGAAGAGUGAACGCCAAGGAGGUUGAGAAGUUGGUUUGUUUGGCUUCGUUGCCGGAGAGGUGUACUUGGCGGGAUUUGAUUGGGUUAGAUGGGUUGGGUUCACCUUUUUUAGGUGAUUUUGAAUCUGGAGUGACGAGUUACCGGGCGAGUGAAUUGCUUGGCUCGGAUCCUAAUUACGAACGCUUCUUAACGUAGUGCUAAGGGAUUGCCAAUUGGCAUUUUAUUUUUACUUCGUGAACAAUAGCUCCAGUCUACUGAUUUUUCCCAGUCCUUUCUUGCAAUGAUUGGCAUGACAAUAAUGUAUAAUGGGGAUCGACCAUAAUUUAGACUUGACAAACAGUCAAAUUAAUGGCUGGACAGGGUUCUACUUUGGGGUUUAAUGGUAUGUAAGUGGCCCUGAACCUAAAUGCAGGUUCCACGGUGCUUUGGCAGUAGUUUGAAUUCGAAAGUCUUUGUGCAUAAUUAUACUCUUUUUUCCUCACUAUCUUCAUGGGAGAAUUGCUUGGUCAAGCUGGUGCUGGCUUAGGUUAUUUGAGGGACAGCAUCAACAGGGGCAAACUAUCCUUUGGAUUCUCAUAGUGCUUCAGAAUUAACUAUUUUAUUUUAUUUUUCUAAUUAGGUUGUAUCUCCCCUACUUUAAGUUGGAAUUGAACUAACAAUCUUCGUUAGACUAUGCUCUGGGCUGGUAAAAUCAGGCUUAGGUUUGAGAAUCAACUUGCUAAUUGUAUAUAAUAUUGGGCUGUAAUGUAAACAAAUAGAACUAUUAGAUUUUUCACUCUUAGUACUUUGAGAAUUUUAGUUUUACUUAACUCUUAAUGCAUCAUAAUAUUUUAAAGUAAUGAAAGUUGUUUGUUUUUUAUAUUGAUCAUGUCUUUGGAAAAAAAUCUUACUUAUAUUUCAAAAAAUGAUCCUUUUAUUCAUUAGAGUAAAUACAGGUUAUAUCCUGUAAUAUUAUAUAUUAUAGGUUUAUAUUAUUAAAUAUAUAUUAUAGGUUAGAAACGAAAUGUCUUUAGAAAAAAUUUGUACUUAUAUUUUAAAAAAUUAUCCUUUUAUUCAUUAGAGUAAAUGCAGUUUAUGUCCUGUAAUAUUAUAAAUUAUAGGUUUAUGUUAUUAAAUAUAUAUUAUAGGUUAGAAAUGAAAUGCUUAGCUGCUCAGAUCUGGUCGCCAGACUGCAGUGACCGAAAAAUUCAUCGGUAAAUUUCAGUAACAAUAUUGUUAUCAAAAUACAAGCUUUGAACUUUCUUCCUCAGGUCCUGACCAUACACUAUUUAUGGUGCUAGAAUAAUUUAUAUGGUUAGAUUGCUUGGAGAUUAUCCUUUUGAUACUAAUAUGAUCUAUCAAAAUGGAGUGACAACUGUAAUGACGAGCAAACUAACUUUUUUUUAAUUAUAACUAUUUAAAAUAAAUUAAUUGCAGAUUUCAUUUAUUGUUAUCAAAUAAAAUUUAUAGUUCUUAUUAGUUAAGGCUAUUGGAGGUAAUUUAUUUUUAAAAAAAAACUUUUUAAAGAUUUUCAAUCUGAAAAUAUGUGUUAAGCAGAAAAUUACAGACAAUAAAAAAUUUUUAAUCUAAUUACACUUCUAAUUAGUAUUGCAAAUGGCCACGUGUAAUAAAAAUCUGCUUUUAUUCCUUAGCCCUAAAUUUUUAUUCUUAUAUCAUAUAUCCAUUGCUGUUAAAAAAAUGAAAUCUUGCAAUCUGAUUGCAUAUAUUUAAAAAUUUGUGCACUUCCCAGUGACCUAAUACUUAACCUUGAACUUUGCUAAGUGCUUUUUUGUUUUUUUAAAUUUGGGAACAACACACAUAUAUCAUUCUCCAUAUUAUGCUUUAUGUUUGAUAAAAUGAGAAAAAGUUUUUUGUGUCGUGUUUUGUACAAAAUCUAAUCAAUCAUAUGCUAGAGUUUCAAUGUGAGAUUCUCAGAGUCAAAGGGCAUUGUGAAGAUGCUAGGUAUUUAUGAUGUUAUUCUUCUACAAUUAUAAUGCAUUAUUUUUCUAUAUUGUUAUUAGAGCAUGUGUAGAGUGUUUUCAUGCCUAUUUAUCACAUGUAUAUGAAUUUGCUGUAAUAAAAAUUUUUGAAAACCUGGAACUGUGAAUUGUUCAUAAUUUUUGAUAUAUUGAAAAUUUAUUUUAGUUUUUGGUGUUAUUGGAAUCCCGAUUUAAUGAGCUUUCCAUCGACAUAUUAUAUUCUUAAAUCAGAGUUCAGGUUACAAAGUUAUGAUAUUUUUAAGUUUGGACAAAAUAAAAAAUGUUUGGAAAUUGUUUAUGCUCAAAUGUUAGGGAUGAACAUUCUUACUGUUUAUACCCACUCUCACUCCAAGAGAGUGCAAUUCACCUCUUUUGAAAUUUCAGUUUAUGUUGUUAUUAUAACCAUUGUGGUCGUCUUAACAAGCCAAGUAAAAUGAUAUGUUUGGUAUUACAAAGUCAAUGGAGUUGUACUGUACUUUUUAGCAUAAAGUGUAAGGCAAAUAGUGCACUCAUACACCCGCUUUCACUCCUUGGAGAGUGAGAGCUCGUGUGAGCCUUACAAAUGUUGAUUUUUAAAGUCAUUUUCAUUGGAAAUAUUAUAAUUGCAUCUUCUGUUAUUCCAUAUGGUUUGGAAUUUCUUUAAACAUGUAAAAAAAUUAUUUUCUAUUUAUAAUACAUACUGGAAUUUGAUACUCUUGAGAAUACAUGAAUUGUUAACAUGUUUGAAUGAAGAGGUCUAUAGUUCUGCAAUUCUGGUUGAAUGAUCUAUAUGGUGAUAUGUGAUUUGUCAUUAUAUUUUUGGGUAUGUAGAUGCAUAAAAUAAUGAUAAUUUUUUUCUAAAAUGUUGAAAAAAUUAUGGACAUAUUUUUGAAAUUUUGGAUUUUAUUGUAGUGCUAUAAAUGUCAUUUUGAUGACAUUGAAUUUUAUUUUUUAUAUUGUGUUGUGUAAUAUUCUGUAGUAUUUUUCUUGAUUAAGAAAUACAUUAUAUAUUUAGAAAAUUAUAGUUACGUCACUACCUGUUUAUGCAUAUAAGAAAUGUCUAGAAUUGUCAUAUCUAUUAGGAUAUACAUACAUACAUACAUACAUAUUUUUUCAAUGUCUUUUUCGUCUUUGUGAUGUGCAUAAUUGUAAUCAUAUUUAAAUUAUUGUGGCAAAAUUGUGUGUGUGGUGCUAAUGAAAAUAUCUCACGCAUAUUUUUUCUAGAUAAGAAUGGUUGUUAAGAAUAUUGUUGCAAACUUGACUAAGGUUGAGAAAUUGGAUGACGAAAAUUACGAUAUUUGGCAUUGUAAGAUCCAAUAUCUACUUAAUGCCUUAGGAGGAUGCUGUUGCUUAACAUUUUCGUGAUAAUUAAGCUUAUAAAUAAUAGGCUACCCACAAUAAGAGUGUGUGUUUUACCAUGUUAAGCAAUAUGCACAAUGAUUUGCUUACUGAGCUUGAAAAUUAUGAGAAAAUUCAUGAUGUGUGGGAAGCUAGUAAAAAGACGUUUGGUAUUACUUCACUUGCUAGACUAGUGGGCUCUUAGUAGAAAAAGUUAGAUCAUUCCAUGAGACAACACUUGUUUUAUCAGUCAUAAUAAUCAAUCUCAAGGCUAUGGGUCGUCACUUGAUUAAUGAGCAGUAAGUGCAAGCUGUAAUCCACUCUCUUUCACUUUCUUGAGAGCACAUGGAGCAAAAUAUGACUCACGUGAAAGUUUCAAAGAGGACAAUUCACGUCAUUUGAUGUUAGAGUUAGAGCGCCUAGAUACACCUAGGGUCAAAAUAUCUAUUUUUGUUGUUGAGAUUAUCUCAUGUCAAACAUAUGCUUCAAAGUGGAAGAGAGCUAAAAGUGUUUUUAAGAAACAAAAUUGGUUCAGAACUUGCAUACAGUGGAGUUGGUUACAAACGUAAGAGAGGUAAGGAAAGUGGUAAAAAGAAAGAUAAGACUAAGAUGAUACAUUAUAAUUGUCAAAAGAUAGGAUAUUUACUGACUUGAAGAAACAUGUACUUCCUAACUUAGUUUCUCGCAUUGAUUGUUUGUUUCUAAUCAAGUGUUUAGUUUCUCACAAUGAUUGUUUUUAGUCAAGUGUUAGUUGUUCAUUCUCCUCAAUUGUGGAUUGUAGAUUUAGGAACAACAUAUUAUAUUGGAAAGACCAAAGUAAGGUUUGUAAGUAUCACCGAGUUCUAAUUGGAAGUAGGUUAGUUUACAUGGGGAAUGAGACCAAUGCAAAGAUGUUUUGGUUUGACACUUACAAACUAGAUAUGCGUUGUAGACACACUUUGUAUCUCCACUAUGUGCUCAGCAAAACUUAUUAUUAGUUAUUAGUAUGAUGCAUUUAGGUUUUAAUUCUUAGUUUGAUGGGCUUGCUGUAAGAAUAUAUCUAGGCACUAUUUAUUAUGGAUCUGGUUUUGGUAUGGAUGGUUUUGUUAUAUUACAUGUUGACUAUUCUAGAUAUGGAUGGUUUUAUCAUAUUAGAUGUUAGUGAUUCUAUUUGUUUCAUUACCUCAGAUAGUGAUAUUGAUACUUUGAUAUGACAUGCUAGAUUAGAUUAUAAUUGGCAAGAGAGAAUGACUAGCUUGGCUGGAGAAGACUUUCUUGGUCAGCUUGUCAGAGUCAUGAUGACUAUUUGUGAACAUUCUUUUACAAGAAAGGCAACUAGAAAACCAUUUGAUAUAACCAUGAGGGCAUUUUAACCAUUGUAGUUAAUACAUUUUGAUAUUUGUGACCUAAUGAAUGUGAGGGUUAGACAUGGAGCUCCCUUUUUCAUCACAUAUAUAGGUGAUUGUAUGCAUUGUAGUUAUGUCUAUUUGAUAUCUAAGAAGUUAGAAGCAUUAAAUUGCUUUAGACAUUAUCUUAAUAAAGUUCAAAAUCAAUUAGGCAAAAAAAGUUAACGCUCUUAGAACUACUUGAGGAUGUGACUAUUCAUCAAAGCAAUUCAAAGUGCUUUGUGAAGAAAAAAAGAUUAUUAGACAGUUAACAGUUCUUUAUACUAUGUAACUAAAUGUUGUGGUAGAAAGAGAAUUAUACAUUGUUGGACAUGGUUAGAUGGAUAAUGGUGUAAGCUAAUAUUCCUAUUUCAUAUUGGGGAGAGAAAUUGUUGACUAUGACCUUUAUCCUUAAUCAUAUGCCAUCUAAGUAAGAACUUUCCACUCCUUAUGAAUUGUGGGCCAAUGAAAAGCCAAUUUGGGAAAUUUGCGACCAUGAAAUUCAACAACUUAUAUGUACAAUAUUUAUCAUUAGUUCGGAAAAUUAGACCUUAGACAAAAUAAAUAUAUCUUUAUAUUAUAUCAAUAGCACUAAAAGAGUUAUAUGUUUAUUAGUAAGCAUCUGAACGAGAGUAUGAUUAAGAUUAAGUCACGAGAUAUGGUCUUCAUAGAAAGGAAUUCCCUCAUAGAGGAGAGGUAAGUACAAACUUACAAAUUCAUAAGCAAGAGGAUCAACAAGAAGAUGCUUCAACUGCUAAGUUGAGAAUAAAGAAGAAAAAUAUUCAACCUCUUAAAUAUAAUGAGAGUGAAUUGCUAAAAAAUAGGAUACUCAAUUGCGUAAAAGUUAUUAUUGAAACAUUUCUCGUUGUCGAUAUGAGAUUGGGGGGAGGCUUUCAUGGUUUCUUUGUAUGAUGAAGUAAAACCUAAAAAUAUGCAAAACGUUAUAAUGUCUAAUGUUUGUAAUGGAUAGAUUGCUACAAUGGAUGAUGAAAUAGUGUCUAUGAGAGUAAAUUACGUUUGGGACUUAGUUGAGCUUUUACCAAGACACAAGACUAUUUGGAUCAAAUGGUUUUUUAAAAUCAAUUGUAAAAUGGGUGGUUCCAUUGACCAAUAUAAGUCUUAUCUUGUGGCAAAGGGCUAUACCUAUCAAAAGAGUGUAGACUAUGAGGAAACAUUUUCUAUGCUAUUAGGUUUGUUUUAAUUCGUCUUUUUCUCACUUAGACGUGGAACAAUACAAGAUGGUAUUAAAACUAUAAGGCCGCUAACUCAUUUAAAGGUAAAAAACAUCAUUUAAAGAGCCACAAACUUAGGAACUUGAAAAGCGAAUGAAAUCAAUAGUUGGCCGACAACCGACAUGAAAUGAUGAUGUAAUUGAAAUUGAUAAUAACCUUGAUGAUGGGAAAGAACAUGCUUUUGGUAUUUUGGAUGAUUGUCUCACACUGGUAGAGAGGUGUUAUCUGUAACACUGGGAGAAAAUUGAUUGCUAGAGGUUGGCUAAUUGGCCACCAAAUCGCACCAUGAUUAGAUUCAAGAUUUCAAUCGUUAUCUCACUAAUUUAAUUGAGCAUUAUGACAUUCCUAAAGUUAGCAUUGACCAAUUUCUUCUUUUACCUGAUAUACAUCUCUGUUGUGGUGUUUAUUUUUGCCGUUUGUAUUCAUGGUGAAUUAGAUUUUGUUGCUAAAUUAGAAAAAGUGAAGCUGAAUGCAACAAUGAACCGAAACUUCACACCCGCUUGAAAGCAUGAUUUUGGCAUCGAAGUAGAAGUUAAAAUCUUGUGACUCAAAAAUCGAGUUUUCUGAAGAGAAGACGUAGAGCCGAGAUAUCGGUGUUUAUAUGUUUUGAAUCUGAGAACCUGUUUUUAUUAUACAUUUAAAACCCAAUUGGAAAUUUCUAUAUGAUCAAAUUGAAGAGAUGAAAAACACAUAUGAAUUUAUAUAUUCAUUAAGAGGAUGUAUAUGGGAGAGAGGAAUUGCCAUGGAAAGGAUAUAGAAAGUUGAAGUUAAAGAGACAGCAACAGUAACAUGGGUGACAAAGAUUGUCAUUAAAAGGUAAAAUAAUAAAACCCUAGAAUGAGAGGGGAGAAAGUAAGUUUUUAAAACUAAGUUAGGUAGAAAAUUUUUAAUUUUCAAAACUAAGAUGAGAAAAUGGGGAUAAAGUUUUAUUUUUCUUAAUAUUACUGGUUAAAUAAUGUUUUUACCCUUAUAACUAAUAACAAAUUUUAACAGAGUUGAAUAAUGGGUAGAAAUUUAAAAUUUCAAAAGUUAGCGAAUAUCACUUUAGCAAUGAACUAAACCUUAAGUGGCAAUAAGUUUUUUGACUAAACUAUAAUUAUCAAUAGAAAACCGGAUGAAGAAAUUUAUGAGACAACUAUAAGGUUUUAUUAUAAAGGUCAAGAGCGCAAAGUUUGCAAGAUCGAACAAUCUAUUUAUAGCCUAAAGCAAUCAUCCAGAUCAAUAACAUCUAAAAUUUCAUUGAGCAAUUAUCUCCUAUAAGUUUAUGAUGAUUGAUGAAGACUAUUGUGUGUUAUCAAAUGAUCUAAUGAAGUUUCACAUAUUGUCAUUUUGUAGUGACGAUAUAUUGUCAACUAGAAAUGAUAAGGAAAUGUUGUCACCACAAAAGAGUGAUUGUCCUCAGUUUUUGAGAUGAAGGACAUGAGUGAGCAAAUUAUGUACUUGGAGUUAAAAUUAUGACAAAUUAUUCUAGAAAGCUCCUUGAUUUGUCACAAGAGACUUACAUUAAGAAGAUUCUUGAAGGAUUCCAAAUGUACAAUUUUAAGCUCAUAGACACUUAUUGCUAAAGGAAAGUGCUCAAGCAUUGAGACAUGUCCUAAGACUCUAAAGCAAAAAGAACAGAUUACCAAUAUUUCAUAUUCUAAACCAAGCUUAUCUUAUUGGAAAACUAUUAAAAGAAUAUUGUGUUAUCUUAGGGGUAUUGGAAAUUAUAUGCUUUGUUAUCAUUGUUGAGACACGCACAUAAUUGGCUAUAGUGAUGCUAAUUGGAGUGGUGACUUAGAUUAGCGUGAGUCCAAAUUAGAAUAUGCUUUCUUGCUUAAUGAUGUGCAAUCUCAUGAAGUAGUUAAAAACAAUCAUGUUUUGUCUUAUCUAUGAUGAAGGCAGAGUUCAUGGCUUACUCGACUUCAAUGUAAGAGGAUUUUUGGUCGAUAAGGUUCUUUAAACACCUUAGAGUUGUUACAUAUGCUUCAUAUUUGAUGACAAUCCAUUGUGAUAGAAUUACUGUAUUAGCUUACGUGAAAGAUCCUAAGUACCAUGGUAAAACCAAACACAUUUAUACUAGAUACCACUUUAUUAGAGAUAUAAUACAAUAGAAAGAAGUGAUCAUAAAAUGUAUGCUUAUAGGUCAUAUGGUUGCAAUCCUUAUGGCCAAAGUUAUUGCCAAAGUUACAAGGAUAUGCUUAUGUGACUUUUGUCAGUGCAUUAGGACUUUGUAUGUGGUAAUUGAUGUGUUAUUAACUUUGAUAAUCACUUAUGCUAUUGUGUAAUACUUUGAGAUAUUUUCACUAUUUAUGAAAUUUUUUAUAUGAGUUAUUGCAUUACGGGAUGAUUUAUGAGAUAACAUUUUGCACUACUUUCAAGUUUUGUCAACAUGUUUGAUUGUUCAUUCUCACGAGGAAUCACUUCUGGCACGUUGAAGGAAAUGAUAAAAAUGGAGAAACAAUGAGCUUAAGCUUGCUUAUUAUUAUUAUUUGGAAAUUAUGUGUCUUGGUUGUUGCCGAGAUGAGGUUUAAAAUUGAGUGACCAAAAAUGGAUUACCCAUUAUUCAUUAUAUCUAUAUAAGAAGGCCAAUGUGAGAUCAUUUAAUUGAAGUCUUAAAAAGACAAGCAAAUGUAAAAGUCAAGUUAGAUGCUUGUGUAAGAGUUAAACUAUGAUUAGUAUAGUGUCGAAGUAUGACAUAAUUUAUAUUCGAAAAAUUUACUCCACUAUAGCAUGUAUUUCAUAUUAUAUGUGCUUAGCGACAAUUAAUAGAGGUGAAAAAUUAAAUUUAUGUUUCUUUACUAUGUGAGUCCAUUGAGUUCAAUAUUUGACCAAAUGGUGUCUUUUUGUAACUUUUGACUAUCAUAAAGUGAUGAACUAAUGCUUAACUAUUUUGACAUGUUAUCUACAAUCAUGAAUGAAUUAAACUUACGAAACAUUAUUGGAAAGUGAUUAAUUUCGAAAGGAGUGGCAUGAGGGCGAAGGGAAACUUAUCUAAUACAUCUCGACUCUAUAUUCACCAUUGACGACCUAAGUUGCAGUAAACAAUAUGCAAUGUCAGUGUGGAUUUAUUGCUAAACUUCGGAGUUAAGUCACUCUUGAAAGGAUUAUAGGAUACUUGAACUAAUGUAAUUAGAUAGAUCUAGGGUAUUUCUAGACAUUGUAUUUUAUUUUUGAGGGUUGAUGUCUCUAUUUAUUUAUAUUUGUUUAGGUUUUAGUAUAGAGUUUCUGCAUGCAAGUGUUCUUGACAAUCGCAUGGCCUAUCAUUUACAUGAACAUGUUUGAAAAAGGAGUUUUGAUAGCAUUGUAAACUAUGUGUGAGUGAGAGAUGUUUGAUUUAGGCCCUAGCCUAAUGCUUGCACUGAUGAGUGCACGUAUUAAAACACAAGGGUGGCAGUUACUUGGUAACUGCAUAAUGGUUGGUAGCAGUGUACAACUGUAAAUUAACCAUUGCUCAAUAGAACUCUAAUACACUAUCUUCGCUUCUCAAGCAGUGUUGGAGCCACACCCUAUCCCCAUGUACAAACAUUUAUUUUAGUUCUUUUUUGGCAAAAAAUAACCAUAGCUCUAUAAACGGUGUUCUGGUUUUAGGCGUCAUCUAAAGCGUCAAUCAACUUGUCGUCAUUAGACAUGUUUCAGUUGUCACUCAACUAGCUGUCACGGGUAAGUUGAUUGCCUGCCUUUGUCCCUUUCCUAGUUAUAUAUGUACACUGAGUUUCUAGCUUCUAGUAUGUUUCUUUUUUGUGUUACUAGCAAUGUCACUUACAGUCCAUUUUCUUCAGUCUGCCAAUAUUCUAAUGCUCCACUCUCCGUGCUCUAGCGGGUACAGGCCCACUCUCACAAGGGCAGAGUUGAUUUAGUGGAAGGGAUUUCUUGAGUGUCUUUAGGUUCAAAACAUAGUUGUCAGGCCAGUGGGUUGGACUUUAGGUUUUGAUUUGCAAAUGGGAACCCAAUGGAUAUGCUUAGAGGUCCCUGAAAUAAGCCUUUGUGUCAUAAUCAUACCCGUUAUUUGUGGGAGUUUUAGGUCUGCUCUUCAUCCAGGAAAUGGACAUUUUAUGAUUUGUGCUGAGUGUUCUACUCAAGUGAAAACAUCAAAAUUUGAUGCUAUCGCUUAUGUUCAUGUGCACACUGUCAUGUUGUGUUUAUGAUGUACAUGUUAUGUUUAUGAUGGUAUUACAUUAAAUUAAGCAUGUUAUGUUAACUAUUAUUUUUAUAUAAAGAAGAUAUUGUUAA